AUGUUCCCCAAUGGCACUGCCUCCUCUCCUUCUUCUCCUAGCCCCAGCCCGGGCAGCUGCGGGGAAGGCGGCGGCAGCAGGGGCCCCGGGGCCGGCGCCGCGGACGGCAUGGAGGAGCCGGGGCGAAACGCGUCCCAGAACGGGACCUUGAGCGAGGGCCAGGGCAGCGCCAUCCUCAUCUCUUUCAUCUACUCCGUGGUGUGCCUGGUGGGGCUGUGUGGUAACUCCAUGGUCAUCUACGUGAUCCUGCGCUACGCCAAAAUGAAGACGGCCACCAACAUCUACAUCCUGAACCUGGCCAUCGCCGACGAGCUGCUCAUGCUCAGCGUGCCGUUCCUGGUCACCUCCACGUUGCUUCGCCACUGGCCCUUCGGCGCGCUGCUCUGCCGCCUCGUGCUCAGCGUGGACGCGGUCAACAUGUUCACCAGCAUCUACUGUCUGACUGUGCUGAGCGUGGACCGGUACGUGGCCGUGGUGCACCCCAUCAAGGCGGCACGCUACCGCCGGCCCACCGUGGCCAAGGUGGUGAAUCUGGGCGUGUGGGUGCUCUCGCUGCUGGUCAUUCUGCCCAUCGUGGUCUUCUCGCGCACAGCGGCCAACAGUGACGGCACGGUGGCCUGCAACAUGCUCAUGCCUGAGCCGGCCCAGCGCUGGCUAGUGGGCUUCGUGUUGUACACGUUUCUCAUGGGCUUCCUGCUGCCCGUCGGGGCCAUCUGCCUGUGCUACGUGCUCAUCAUCGCCAAAAUGCGCAUGGUGGCUCUCAAGGCCGGCUGGCAGCAGCGCAAGCGCUCGGAGCGCAAGAUCACCCUGAUGGUGAUGAUGGUGGUGAUGGUGUUUGUCAUCUGCUGGAUGCCCUUCUAUGUAGUGCAGCUGGUCAACGUGUUUGCCGAGCAGGACGACGCCACGGUGAGCCAGCUGUCGGUCAUCCUGGGCUACGCCAACAGCUGCGCCAAUCCCAUCCUCUACGGCUUCCUUUCGGACAACUUCAAGCGCUCUUUCCAGCGCAUCCUGUGCCUCAGCUGGAUGGACAACGCGGCCGAGGAGCCUGUCGACUACUACGCCACGGCCCUCAAGAGCCGCGCCUACAGCGUGGAGGACUUCCAGCCCGAGAACCUGGAGUCGGGAGGCGCUGUCUUCCGUAAUGGCACCUGCACGUCUCGGAUCACGACUCUCUGA